AUGGACUGGAAGACACUCCAGGCCCUACUGAGUGGUGUGAACAAGUACUCCACAGCGUUCGGGCGCAUUUGGCUGUCAGUGGUGUUCGUCUUCCGGGUGCUGGUGUACGUGGUGGCUGCAGAGCGCGUGUGGGGGGAUGAGCAGAAGGACUUUGACUGCAACACCAAGCAGCCCGGCUGCACCAACGUCUGCUACGACAACUACUUCCCCAUCUCCAACAUCCGCCUCUGGGCCCUGCAGCUCAUCUUCGUCACAUGCCCCUCGCUGCUGGUCAUCCUGCAUGUGGCCUACCGCGAGGAGCGGGAGCGCCGGCACCGCCAGAAGCACGGGGACCAGUGCGCCAAGCUAUAUGACAACGCAGGCAAGAAGCACGGAGGCCUGUGGUGGACCUACCUGUUCAGCCUCAUCUUCAAGCUCAUCAUUGAGCUCCUCUUCCUCUAUCUGCUGCACACUCUCUGGCAUGGCUUCAACAUGCCACGUCUGGUGCAGUGCGCCAACGUGGCCCCCUGCCCCAACAUCGUAGACUGCUACAUCGCCCGACCCACCGAGAAGAAAAUCUUCACCUACUUCAUGGUGGGCGCCUCCGCCGUCUGCAUCGUACUCACCAUCUGCGAGCUCUGCUACCUCAUCUGCCACAGGGUCCUGCGAGGCCUGCACAAGGACAAGCCUCGAGGGGGCCGCAGCCCCUCGUCCUCCACCAGCCGAGCUUCCACCUGCCGCUGCCACCACAAGCUGGUGGAGGCUGGGGAGCUGGAUCCAGACUCAGGCAGUAACAAGCUGCAGGCUUCAGCACCCAACCUGACCCCCAUCUGA